UGACGCGGUCAUGCGGCCGUGGGAGGAGUACAUGGCAGAGAGGGACAGCGGCGAUAAGGAGGAGGGAGACGACGCCAGCACUGAGGAGUCGCUACACCAGCCACACUCAGCACUGCACAAUGGCAACUCGCCAAACUAUGGUGAAGCAGAUGUGUUGGAACCCAGAGUGGACACAGAGCUGGAAGAUGAACACAUUGAUGCUCUCAUCAUGUCACCAGGUGGCGCCUCUGUAGAGAGCUCCAACAGCUUCAUACUGGAAACGCCUUACAAGUAUUCAGGAGACAGUUCUAGUAACGUAGAGAGACCUCCUCCUGUGCCAGAGACACCGCCUCCUCCUCUGGAUGAUGAGAUGAUGGAGCUAAUGACAAAGGAAGAGGCUGGCUUUCUUCUUAGUCUCAACACGCGGCAGGAGGUGGUCGGCACACCCGUCAUCGGCGGCGACGACACGGCGGUGGGGCGCGGCGAUGGCGGCGACGGCGACGAAUCACACGACUACGAUGAGGUGCCCGACGGCGAGGAGGAUACCACCGGCGACAGUGCUGAUUAUGCGGCGCCACCUGGUGAUGCAAAGCUGUCGCGCAACGGAGCCGACAUGUUCUACAUGGAGAUCCCUGGUUUGGCAUCAGAGCCAGAUGGAGAUGACGACAUCGAACACAAACAUCCAUCCCGCAUCACGUUCUGUACAAAUCCCAUCAAGGUGUUCAGCACGUGGUCGGUCGGUGACUACGACCGCCGCAACGACGACGUCGAUCCCGUCGCGGCGUCCGCCGAGUACGAGCUCGAGAAACGCGUCGAGAAGAUGGACGUGUUCCCGGUCGACCUCGUUAAAGGUGCGGAGGGACUAGGAUUGAGCAUCAUCGGCAUGGGUGUCGGAGCGGACGCCGGCAUCGAGAAGCUGGGUAUCUUUGUGAAGACCAUCACGCCUGCCGGCGCCGCAGCGAAGGACGGCAGGAUUGAGGUGAAUGAUCAGAUCGUCGAGGUGGACGGGAAGAGCCUGGUAGGCGUGUCACAGGCCUACGCUGCCUCCGUGCUGAGAAACACCUCCGGACUUGUCAGGUUCAUGAUCGGGAGAGAGCGUGACCAGGCGAACAGUGAGAUUGCUCGGCUCAUCAGUCAGUCGAUCCUGCAGGACAAGGAGAGGGAUGACAGGAGGAAGAAGCAAGAGGAGGAGCGUAAGAAGAUACAGGAGUAUCUCGAUUCGUGUGUGCAGGUGAAGGAUGCCAGCGAAAGUACGGCGCAAAGCGAGGAGAAGGAGAGAGAGUCGCCGGACUGUAGGUCGACGACUCCCCCGAUGGACGACAUCGCGUGGGAAGGUGAGGAUGAGAAUGUCGCGUACCCGCUCGACGAUCACUCGCCGCUGUCCGACGACUCACCGCACCGGCCGCAGUGCGAGGUGUUCGACCUGCCGGACGACCUGAGCAGCGACUCGCUCAGCCCCGAGAUGGACGUGCAGGCCCUCAUGAUACGCCUGAAGGAGGCUCAGUACAAGAAUGCCGUAGCAGAAGCUGAACUCGCCAAAGUCAAGGCUAAGAUGAUACUGAUGGAUGGCACAGAGUUGCAGAAGGAGAACCUGCAGAAGAGGACAGACAUGUUAACUCAGCGUCUGCGCGAGUCGGAGAGACUGCUCGACGACACUCAGAAAGAGGUUGCUAACUAUCAGGACAUGCUGGAGGAAUCACAGGGGCAGUACAUUCUCCUGGAGAAGAAGUACCUGAAGGCAAAGAAACUCAUCAAAGAGUUCCAACAGCGGGAGAACGACUUUAUGCGACGUGAUGAGUAUCAUCAACAGGUGGCUCAAGAGAAAGAGCUGGAAUUCAACUCCAUAGUGAAGCACCUCAAAGAUCGGGUCAUCGAGCUCGAGCAGGAGCUGCGCAGCCUCCACCGCGAGGCCGGGCUUCCCGGGGCAGCCCCCGCGUCGACGGCCAAGCCGCUGCCAAGUCUUUCAGCCAGUGCGUCGCAGCAGCCGACCGUGCCUCAGCAGCCCGUGGGGACAAUGAUACGCGUCGCCGAUAUGUCUGACGUUGACAUCUCAGACAGCGAGCAUGUGAUCAGCCCAGGGAGGUUGGAGAUCUACCCCCUCCCAUACCAACCUCGCCAUUGCCCGGCAACGUUAAGACAACUGAAGAGGAGGAGGAGGAGGAGGAGGAGGUGGUUGAGGUGGUAACCGUGCUGGAAAGAAAGCAGGAAGAUAAG